CUCGAAGCUAGACUUGCGAUAGUGGAACAGGCUUCCUUGGUUGUGGGUGGUCAAACACAGGAUGGUAAGGAAGCGAUGUCAGAGGUGUGGUUCUCUAAAGAUAAUUUAGUACCAGCUGUUGAUUUAUGUAACUCCGUAGUGGACCAACAAAAUAAUGCCGACACCAAAUCAAUGGAAGGGGUACCAAAGAUAUUAGACAAGGAAAUAGAUGAUUUUAUUCCUGAAGAACCGAUACCAAUGAUAUUACCUGUCAAUUUAUCUCAGCCUCAUCAAAAAUAUCCAAAAUCAUUGGAAGAAAAGGAAAUUGAUUCUUUCCUGGAGUCAAAAAACAAGAAAAUGCUUAGUAGUCUGAUGAGAGAAAGGAAUAGAGAAAAGAAACCUAGAACUCAAGA